UGUGCUUCCUUGUCACUGUCAGUAUGAAACUGUCAGGAAGGCAUAUAUUGCAUUACUUCCUGCUUUGGAGCCCCUCAGUGGUCACAUGUGAGGGAAUCUGCCAUUGGUUUUGCUGAGAUUAGAAUGACCUUUGUCUCCUUUCCUCGUGAAAGGGAAAGAAGAGUCUCGGACUUGGACCAGUGCGCUGUGGUUUGGAAGAAAAAAUCCAUAAGACCCCAAGACGAACCAGUGAUAUCUUUGGGUUUACUUGUAACAUUCGUGUUGGGAAGUUAAGAGUUAACGAUUGGUGUGUUGGAUAAUCAGUGUGCGCUUUGAGCCGGUUGUGCUGGGGACAGAACAGGGGAUGAGUCCAUUGGAGAGGAGGGAAACUGUUCCCAGUGUAUAAUCUGACACCUAUGCCCUUUGGGUGUUGUCCAAAUAAAAGGGAAGUCGCCUUGAACUCAGCCAAAAAGCAUGUAUGACAGCAGAUCGAAUGAUGCUGGAGCUCAACCAGCUGUCAGCAAAGCGGACGCCCACAGCACCAGUAGGUCCAGACAAGGCAGCGUUGUGGAGCGACUUUCGAAGUAUGGCAUGGGCAUACCGGGUGCUUUCCAGCAGCGUAGGUCGAGGCUGCAGAGGCAGAGAGAGGUCACUGACAGCCCUGCGCCGGAGGACCUCCAGAGAGAGGUUCCGGAGAGAAGCUCGCUCACACCCGCUAUGCGUAAGAAGUACCUGAAAGAGCUGCUCCUGAGCAAUCCAUCUCAUAGCGCGUUCAGCAGCGUGCUGUCAUCGCAAACUGACAGCGUGUCCGAGGAGCAGGACAUAGACUGGGCUCUGUACCCGCUGGAACACGCGUGGAUGCUGAACGCAGUAGAGGGGAGCUAUGAAACCAUCUGGAGUUCAUCUCAGCGGACCCCGUAUCUCCUUACCAGGAAGGAUUUUAUCAGCGGAUACUCCGUCCUGCACUGGCUAGAAAGAGGACAGGACGAUACUCUGGUCAAACUUCUGCGGUUCGCAGAGGGUGCAGGGAUCCUGUGAAUGUUGAACGUGCGGGGCAGCGGCGGGUUGACCCCGCUGCACGUCGCCAGCAUGCACAGACAGUACAUGGUCAUCAAGCUGCUGGUGGGGGCUUUCAGUGCCAACAUCGAUGCCAUGGACUACAACGGAAGGAGACCCUGGCAGUAUCUGGGGGGAGACGCCCCGCAGGAGAUGAAGGAGCUGCUGGGGACCUGGGACGAUGAGCACAGCUCCGGGGGGGUACAAAAUGACAACAAAAACUGCAAUAACAGCCCGAGCGCAGUGAACAGCGCACAUGAUGAGGUGGAUGGUGGAGCAAAGGCAAGAGGUGAGGAACUCUUUGAUCGGACAAGGAGGGGGGGCAGCUAGUUUGGGUCUCUGAGGAAGCUGCUACCAUCCUUUUCAUUUCUAGGAACAAGAGCUGAGUGGAUAUGGGGACAAUCCUUUGAAAAUAUGACAUUCCAAAUUCAGUGAUUUACAACAGGCAACCUGGUCUGCUUACCAAGUCUUUAAUGUUUGUAAAUCCACUGGACAUGAUCUGAGCUGAUAUGAUUUUCUACUUUUCUUCUGUAUAUAUUUUCUUAACCUUGAAUUUACAUCCAAAGCCGUACUCAUUUCAUGAAUAUAUUUCAAGAGAAUUGUCGUGGAAAGUGUAUUUUUACUGGAAAGCCACAGAUAAGUCAACCUGCAGAUUGUUGUCUGUAAUAUUUGGAGAAAGAACACAAGCAGCUUCUGUCCAAAGCAUUUUAAAGGAGUCCAAAGGAGGUACUACUGUUUUUUACACUAUCAUGGUCAGUAUUUAGUCACCUGGUUGUGUUAAACAUGCACUAUGAUUUGCAGUUAAAUAUCUUUAUAUUGCACCAACUUAUGCAUGGGCCUCAAUUGGACACAACCCCUCGCUGUGUACAAUGACCUUCUUUACAGCAUGUCUGGCUGCUGACCCAGUUCUGCUUCAUGUAAAUAACCUAAUAGUCAUAGCCAACGUGGCAAACUUUUCCAAGUUAAACCACUGAAAAAAAUGUUUGUUUUGCUUCUAUAUUGAGCUUCCUGUGAAGCACUGCUAUCUUUGGCUCAAGCAACAAAGCCAGAGCUUAAAUUCUUCCCCACUUCUUUAUAAAACAGUAAUUCAGAAGUAUUUGCUGUGUGGUCGAGAGGGUGAAACCCCCUUCACAGGGAUUCAGGUUUUUUUGCAGAGCUGUCAGCACUUCCUCUCACCUUGAGAUGAUUGGAGUUUAUAGGAAAACCACUGGAGCACUGAAGUUAAAAAUUCAAAGCCACACUUAAAGGAAAAUCAGACUGUGCUGAAUCAUUUCAAGUUUGAUCACAGAUCUUUUAUUGUCAAACAUGAGCAUAACCAGAGUAUCUGUACAAAACAACUGCUGAUCCAGAUAACAUGGCUCCCUCCCCACGCUCAGGCCCAGCAGCUGGAGGUCCUGGCAGAUGAUGGGUUGGAGGGAUGCUGGGGAACACAGAUCCUCGUGUUUACAGACCCAGCUUGGUCCUCCUCCAGUGUCUCCUCUUGGAGUUGUACCUGAAUCAAACAUCAGAAAGUGUCAGGACAAAAUAAGGCCUCGGACUUUUAUUGAAAAAGUCACUUCAGGCUUUACUUGUAUAUCUGUGUUACCUCUGUAUAAAGCAUACAAAUAAAAAUAAUCUGAUGUACAUUGUAA